AUGUCCGCCAAAUCUGCCAUCCGCUUCCUCGCCGGCACCAAAAAGAACCCCGUCGGCUCACUCCAACUAAAUUGUCACGUCAAACCGGGCGCCAGUAGAGUCCGGGAGGGUAUCCUCUCCGUGUCGGAUGAGGUGAUUGAGCUAUGUGUAUCAGCUCAGGCGAGGGAAGGCGAAGCCAACAAAGCCGUCGUAAAGCUAUUUAGCGAGGUUUUGAAAAAACCGAAAUCUGAGAUUCAGAUUUCACAUGGAAUGAAGUCGAGGGAUAAGACCGUGGUUGUCAGUGGCGUCAAGGAGGCCGAGGCCGAUGCUGUUCGGAAUGUGAAAGAGAUGCUCAACAAGGCGGUUGAGGAGGGAACUUAA